AAGGAGAAGGAGGGAGGGGGAAGGGUGCAGGACAGGGCCACCUCCUGGGCCUCUUUGUGGGAGACACAGAAAGGGGAAGGAGGGGGUUAAUGUGGGAGUGAGUGAGAGAGCAAGCAAGCACCCUACCCUGCAAGCUCCUGCACUCAGGACUUCUGCAACAACCCAUCAGAGGGCCCACAAGCCAGCAGCAGCAGCAGGGCUGGCAUUUGCAGGAGCAGCCAUUGUUGCAUUGCAAACAAAGAGGGGGGAAAAAAAAUAAAAAAUAAGCAGGCACCCACCCACCCUCCACCUUUCAGCCUUCCUGUUCCCCUUAGGCUGCCAUUAUCCCCAGCUCCAGCUAGGCCUCCAGCCUCCCCAGCCUGCCUGCCUGCCUGCAGCUUUUACAUGACAUUUCCCUUUGGCCUGGAUCCCCAUACAGACAUGUUUUAGCUCUUUUUUAUUGGAAAUCUCUUGGGUUGUUCUUUUAUUUUCCUUCUAUUCUGUUUCAUUUCUUCAGGCUGUUCCUCCAAGUCAUUCAAGCUGUACUCUCCAAAGGAGCCCCCCAACGGCAACGCCUUUCCCCCCUUCCACCCAGGCACAAUGCUGGAUCGAGAUGUGGGAAUAUGCCCUAAAUGUUCGAUAGAUGGGAGUCCUACAUGUGGCACCUGCAUCUCGACAAUGAUGGCCCCCAGCCCCGUCCAGCCUGCUUGCGGCGGCCAGAGACCGACUCCGAUGUAUCCGCCCACGUAUCUGGAGCCCGGGAUAGGGAGACAUACACCGUAUGGGAACCAGACAGACUAUAGAAUAUUUGAACUGAACAAACGUCUUCAGAAUUGGACAGAGGAAUGUGACAAUCUCUGGUGGGACGCCUUCACCACAGAAUUCUUUGAAGAUGACGCCAUGUUGACCAUCACUUUUUGCUUGGAAGACGGACCAAAGAGAUACACAAUUGGACGGACGCUUAUUCCCCGGUAUUUCCGCAGCAUAUUUGAAGGUGGCGCCACAGAGCUAUACUACGUCUUGAAACACCCCAAGGAGUCAUUCCACAAUAACUUUGUCUCUCUGGACUGCGAUCAGUGCACAAUGGUCACACAGCACGGCAAACCCAUGUUUACACAGGUAUGCGUAGAGGGGAGAUUAUACCUGGAGUUCAUGUUUGACGACAUGAUGAGGAUAAAAACGUGGCAUUUCAGUAUCCGGCAACAUCGAGAGCUUAUUCCCCGCAGUAUCCUUGCCAUGCAUGCCCAGGACCCCCAAAUGUUGGACCAGUUGUCGAAGAACAUCACAAGAUGUGGACUGUCAAACUCUACGCUCAACUACCUCCGGCUGUGUGUAAUUCUGGAGCCCAUGCAGGAGCUCAUGUCCCGGCACAAGACGUACAGUUUAAGCCCAAGAGAUUGCUUAAAGACGUGUCUAUUUCAGAAAUGGCAGAGGAUGGUAGCGCCACCCGCCGAACCAGCCCGACAGGCUCCUAACAAAAGGAGGAAAAGGAAGAUGUCUGGGGGGAGCACAAUGAGCUCUGGAGGGGGCAACACAAACAACAGCAACAGUAAGAAGAAAAGUCCGGCCAGUACCUUCGCCCUCUCCAGCCAGGUACCUAACAGGCUGAAACGGGUGAAAAAAGAAAGAAAACCGUUACUCGACCCUAAAUUUUCCCCUGCAAUGCCACAGGAUGUAAUGGUGGUGGGCGAACCAACCCUUAUGGGAGGAGAAUUCGGGGAUGAAGAUGAGCGACUGAUAACCCGCCUGGAGAACACUCAGUUUGAUGCUGCCAAUGGAAUUGACGACGAGGAUAGCUUCAAUAACUCCCCCGCACUAGGCGCCAACAGCCCCUGGAACAGCAAACCACCUUCAAGCCAAGAAAGCAAAUCGGAGAACCCAACCUCACAGGCUUCACAGUAAAGAUUAAAAAAAAAGAAAAAAAAAAUAGAAUAAAAUAUAUAUAUGUGUAUAACAGGCCGAUGUGGAGGAACAAAAAAAAAAAUGUUUGUUUUAAAAUAAAAGUCGAG